AGGUCAACAAGAAAGAAACAAAAAUGGUGGAUCACUAAUUUAAAUAUUUAGCAAAAUUUUGGCAAAAAUAUCAAACAGGAUCAUUAAAAUCAAAAGAACAUUUAUUAAAGGAUAAAAUUUGAACAGAUAUGCCUAACGAAUCAGCUGGACAGGAUGUUCAGCAAAGUCCUUUGGCACUAUUAGCUCAGACAUGCAGUAAAAUUGGAAAUGAGGACGGUACCGGCCAGCAGAACGUACAAGGUGUCAGAGUUCAAGUUGCGGGUCAGGCAGGCGAAGUUAUCGCCCCUGGGUGGGUGCAGCUCCCGACAAUGGUAGACCCAUCAAAACAGAAUCAAAUGCAGGGUGCAAUUUCGCUUGCCGGUGGACAGAUUCUGCAGCAGGCGCAAGGUGGACUUCAGAUUGUUGCCCAGCAAGGUCCUAAUGGUACAAUUACUUACAAUGCUGUCCCACAGUUCCAGACAGUGAGCAUGGAUGGACAGGCAGGUCAGGAUGUAACAAAUGUGCAAGCUCAAGCCAGCUUGGCACAGCAGCAGCAGCAACAACAACAACAAGCAUUUCAGACAAUACCCAUCAUGACACCUUCUGGACAGAUAAUACGAGCACAGGUGCCAACUGCAUCUGCCAUGCCCGCUAACAUGGCCUUUGCAAAUAUGGGGGGAGGAGGUAUGGUUAAUUUUGGAGGAAAUGUUCUCAAUCUGAGUAACCUUGGAAACGUGCAGGCAAUUGGUGCAGUAAGACCUGGUGGAAUAAUUCAGCCAAUACAAUUGCAGUCGAAUACCAUCCCACAAAUCCAACAGUUUCCAAACUUUGUACAAGUUCCUGUUUCAGCCAAUGGACAAACAGCAUUCAUGCCAGUUCAAAUGCAACCAUUCCAGCAGAUCCAAGAUUUGACACAGGCUACUGGUAAUGCAGGUUCCGCACAGACAGCUACAACUGCUAGUGUACAGCAGACGACACAGAUGCCACAGCUAGUGGAGGUAAUUAGUCAGAACACAUCAAAAGCACAAUCUUUGAUGAAGUCUGAGGCAUCUAAAACUUCAGUAGCAGCUGUAGGCUCCUCACCAGCUGCAAGUUCAGGCACAGCUUCAAUGUCAAUGUCGCAAUUACAAAAUAUGUCAAUGCAGGGGCAGACAAUCGCUGCAGCUGCUGCAGCAGCAAACAUUAUCCCACAGAUGCAGUUGAUUCCGGUUGGCAAUGGUAGCUACAUGCAAGCGGCAGUUUUUCCAUCACAGACCAGUAUAAGUAAUGGACAAAACAUAUUUACGGUUGCUUCAGUGACUCAGAAUUCCAAUACAGUAACAACAACCACAAAUGCAACAACAACUAUUUCGUCACCGCAACAGACAAAUUUGUCCAAUAUUUUAAAUCCACAAAUGAUUCAAGGACUUUCUGGACAAAAUUUUGGUAACAUCCAGAUUGCCAACCAAGGACAAGUAGUUGCGGCACCAAAUCAAAUAAUAAAUUUAGGUAAUGUGAAAAACGGACAGUUUCCAAUACAAGUUCAAAAUAUGCAAGGAAUCCAAUCUGUUCAAAACAUUCAAGGUUUUCAAAAUCUUCAAGGAAUUCAAAUGAUUAAUGGACAACCCAUUCAGGGGCAGAUAAUUGGAACUCCGAUAUCGGGUCUCCAAGGUUUAGGCACCCUGGCGUUAAACGCACAAGGUAAUUUUACUGCGGUUGGACCUGUCGGAACACAAGGAAGUCCCCAACAGCUUGCUUCAAUAAAUGUGCUAGGUCAGCAAGGUAUUCAAGGUGUUCAACAACUACAAAAUAUAGCUGGUACACAAAUUAUUACAGCACAAGGUCAGCAGAUCCCAAUUCAGCAGGACCCUAGUGACCCCUCCAAGUGGCAGGUUGUUGCUACAGCUACAUCACAGACAGCCACGCCUCUCAACAUUCCAAACCUUAUGUCUCCGCUAUCUCAAGGAUCCUCACCGGACACUCCGACAUCGGGUAAACGGCUGAGACGAGUUGCUUGUACAUGUCCGAAUUGUCAAAAUAAUGAGAACAAAGACAAUAAAAAGAAAGUACACAUUUGUCACAUGGAAGGCUGCCAGAAAGUCUAUGGUAAAACGUCACAUUUACGAGCACAUCUCAGGUGGCAUACAGGGGAACGACCUUUUGUUUGCAAUUGGAUGUUUUGUGGAAAACGUUUUACACGCUCUGAUGAACUACAGAGGCAUAAACGAACUCAUACAGGUGAGAAAAAAUUUGCAUGUGAAGAGUGUGGAAAAAAAUUCAUGAGAUCAGACCACCUCUCAAAACAUAAACGUACUCAUAACAAAAAAAUGGUUGUUGACGUUAAUGGACAAAUUGUUAGCGAAAUAGGGGAUGAACCAAAGUUCACAGUGGAAGAAGAUAAUGACAUGGUGCAUAUAAGUAUUGAAGGAAUGCAAGCCACAGAUCUAGAAUUUGCUGGAGAUGAAAAUGAAGAUGAUGUUGAAGAUGAAUCAGAAAGUCAAGAACUGUCUUUAGAAUUGGCCAAUCAGAAAGAUUGAGACAGACUUGGCAGUGAUAAGGAUUGUGAUUGGACAAAGGAUUGUCUUUUGAGUUCAACAAGUUAAAUACCUUGGCAGUGCUGAAACUGUUAAAUAGUUGAAAUUGAGGAUUGUGUAUAGAAUGGACCAAUCAGAAAGCACAAGACAGAUCUGAUUGUAAUGAGGCUUGCAGUUGGUUGAAAAUUUAGGAUUGUAUUCACAAGUAACCAGUCUGAAGGCUUGAGACAGACUGCCUUAGAUUUUGGAUAUAUUUUGUGACCAUGACAUUGUUCGGAAGAAGAAUCAUAGUGCAAUAAUAUUGACAAGUAUUGUAAAUCCAUGAAAAUGAAAAAAGAUAUUUAAGCUUUUAAAUUGAGGCUAUAGCUUAAAGCUUUAAGUGUGAGUUUUAUUUGUUUUAUUUGAAGUAAAAAGAAUGGGAAGAAGAGAGCUUUACCAUGAAGUUACAAUUACAGCUUUUUAGCUCACCUGUCACAAAGUGACAAGGUGAGCCUUUGUGAUCGCGCAGCGUCCGUUGUCCGUCCGUGCGUCCGUCAGUGCGUGCGUGCGUAAACUUUUGCUUGUGACCACUCUAGAGGUCACAUUUUUCAUGGGAUCUUUAUGAAAAUUGGUCAUAAUGUUCCCCUUGAUGAUAUCUAGGUCAGGUUCGAAACUGGGUCACGUGCGGUCAAAAACUAGGUCAGUAGGUCUAAAAAUAGAAAAACCUUGUGACCUCUCUAGAGGCCAUAUAUUUCACAAGAUCUUCAUGAAAAUUGGUCAGAAUGUUCACCUUGAUGAUAUCUAGGUCAAGUUCGAAACUGGGUCAUGUGGCAUCAAAAACUAGGUCAGUAGGUCAAAUAAUAGAAAAACAUUGUGACCUCUCUAAAGGCCAUAUUUUUCAUGGGAUCUGUAUGAAAGUUGGUCUGAAUGUUCAUCUUGAUGAUAUCUAGGUCAGGUUCGAAACUGGGUCACGUGCGGUCAAAAACUAGGUCAGUAGGUCUAAAAAUAGAAAAACCUUGUGACCUCUCUAGAGGCCAUACUUGUGAAUGGAUCUUCAUAAAAAUUGGUCAGAAUGUUCACCUUGAUGAUAUCUAGGUCAAGUUCGAAAUUGGGUCACGUGCGGUCAAAAAAUAGGUCAGUAGGUCUAAAAAUAGAAAAACCUUGUGACCUCUCUAGAGGCCAUAUAUUUCAUGAGAUCUUCAUGAAAAUUGGUCAGAAUGUUCACCUUGAUGAUAUGUAGGUCAAGUUCGAAAGUGGGUCAUGUGCCUUCGAAAACUAGGUCAGUAGGUCAAAUAAUAGAAAAACCUUGUGACCUCUCUAGAGGCCAUAUUUUUCAUGGGAUCUGUAUGAAAGUUGGUCUGAAUGUUCAUCUUGAUGAUAUCUAGAUCAAGUUCGAAAGUGGGUCACGUGCCAUAAAAAACUAGGUCAGUAGGUCAAAUAAUAGAAAAACAUUGUGACCUCUCUAGAGGCCAUAUUUUUCAUGGGAUCUGUAUGAAAGUUGGUCUAAAUGUUCAUCUUGAUGAUAUCUAGGUCAAGUUCGAAACAGGGUCAUGUGCUAUCAAAAACUAGGUCAGUAGGUCUAAAAAUAGAAAAACCUUGUGACCUCUCUAGAGGCCAUACUUGUGAAUGGAUCUCCAUAAAAAUUGGUCAGAAUGUUCAUCUUGAUGAUAUCUAGGUCAAGUUCGAAAGUGGGUCAUGUGCCAUCAAAAAGUAGGUCAGUAGGUCAAAUAAUGAAAAAACGUUGUGACCUCUCUAGAGGCCAUAUUUUUCAUGGGAUCUGUAUGAAAGUUGGUCUGAAUGUUUAUCUUGAUGAUAUAUAGGUCAAGUUUGAAACUGGGUCAACUGUGAUCAAAAACUAGGUCAGUAGGUCUUAAAAUAGAAAAACUUUGUGACCUCUCUAGAGGCCAUACCCUUGAAUGGAUCUUCAUGAAAAUUGGUCAGAAUGUUCACCUUGAUGAUAUCUAGGUCAAGUUUGAAACUGGGUCACGUGCCUUAAAAAGUAGGUCAGAAGGUCAAAUAAUAAAAAAACCUUGUGACCUCUCUAGAGGCCAUACUUUUCAUGGGAUCUGUAUGAAAGUUGGUCUGAAUGUUCAUCUUGAUGAUAUCUAGGUCAGGUUAGAAACUGGGUCAACUGCGGUCAAAAACUAGGUCAGUAGGUCUAAAAUUAGAAAAUCUUUUGACCUCUCUAGAGACCAUAUUUUUCAAUGGAUCUUCAUGAAAAUUGAUCUGAAUGUUCACCUUGAUGAUAUCUAGGUCUGUUUCGAAACUGGGUCACGUGCGGUCAAAAACUAGGCCAGUAGGUAUAAAAAUAGAAAAACCUUGUGACCUCUCUAGAGGCCGUAUUUUUCAUGAGAUCUUCACAAAUUUUAGUGAGAAUGUUCACCUUGAUGAUAUCUAGGUAAAGUUCAAAACAGAGUCACUUACCUUCGAAAACUAGGUCAAUAGGUCAAAUAAUAGAAAAACCUUGUGACCUCUCUAGAGACCAUAUUUUCCAAUGGAUCUUCAUGAAAAUUGGUCAGAAUUUUUAUCUUGAUAAUAUCUAGGUCAAGUUCAAAACUGGGUCACAUGAGCUCAAAAACUAGGUCACUAUGUCAAAUAAUAGAAAAAACGACGUCAUACUCAAAACUGGAUCAUGUGGGAAGAGGUGAGCGAUUCAGGACCAUCAUGGUCCUCUUGUUGUGACAGGUACUUAAACUGUCCCAAGUCCGGCAUUGAGUGUGAAAUUAAUUCAGUCCAGAUGAAUGCAAUAUCGCCUGUGCUGAAUAAUUUCAGGUCUUAAAUCUAUAUUUGAAAUGUUACAAAAUUGUAGAAUUUUAUGAUUAGUUUUGAAAGAAGAUUAAUGCUACUGCUACAUGUACGAGGAUUGAUCCAGAAGUAAUGUCACUGCGUCCAUUGCGCAUAUAUUCAUCGUUAUAUUAUUAUAGAAACUAUAUCAAGAUGUAAGCUAAUUCAAUUAUGAUUACACGGGUAAACAUUAUUCCUAGGGUUACUACGUCUCCCACCACACAGUGGUGUGGGAGACAUAUUGAUUUACUUCUGUCUGUCUGUCUGUGUGUCUGUGACAAAUCUUGUCCGCACUCAAGUCGAACAUUUCUCAUCCAAUCUUCAUAAAACUUGAACAAAAUGUGUUUGCCAAUAAUUCCUCGGCUAAGUUCGAUAAUUUGCCAAAUCGGCCAAGGCACUUCGGAAUUAUGGCCCUUGAAACUUGUUUUGAUAAUCAAAGCUCCGAAAGUCUGAUAAGGCAGUUGAGGUCUUGAUGCAUGGUUGACUCAUAUACUACUAUUCAGAUGAUUAGGCAGUUGUGGGAGACAUGCGCUUUUCUCAAAAGCAGCUCUAGUUUCAUUUGAAAUACAUGGAACUUCAUACUUCACCCCUGACGAAAUUUCGCUGCACACAAAAACAACAUUUCGUUCACAAACAGAAAGCAACUAAACAGAGACGGUCACCAAUUGGCAUUAAAAAACACCUCUUAUGAUAUGAAAUUAUAAUGAGGUGAAGUUAAGUCUUUCUGAAAUCAGCAGUGAAAACUAUAUAGUGACAUCCUUGCAGAUUAAUGUUCGCUGUGUAGUGCUAAGACUUGUUAUUGCUUAAUGACAAAAAUAUCAGUUACUUUUGUCAAUUACGUCUGGCGUUCAUUAUUACCAUGUUUUCUCGGCCUGUCAGUAUCUCGAUAAGUAAACAAUAAAUUUUCAAAAUAUUUUUUUUAAAAAUUGCAAAUAGAAUAAGGUACCUGUGAAGGAAUUUUUGUUGUUUUCUUUUCAUUAUACACAUUUUUAUGAAUCCAUUGGCAUUACUUUUGGAUCAGCCCUUGUAGUUGAGGGACAUACUUCCAGAAUGACACAGUGGUUCAGUGGUAAAACUGAUUGAAACCAGUCAUCAUGAGUUAAAUGCCCUGCUCAGCUAAAAUAACCCAACAUUGGGAUAAGAGUCAGAACUGUUUAUGGUUGCUUUACACCUGGCAGGCUAAAAAACCAAGGGAUCCUCUUGCGUUUUUUGUAUCUUGCACUACCUUCUUACUAAAAUUACUAACAGUCUUCAUUAAAAGCUACCAAUAAGAGUUACAAGUGGCGACUAUGAAUGAAGGUAAAUAUAUAUUACAGAAUAAUGUAAGAUUAAUUUUGGAACUGUUAAAAGUAAUUUCAUUUAUUAGCAACUGUAAACAGAAAGUUUUGUAAACAUUUACAUUUAGUUCUAGGCAGUGUUUGUAUGUAAAACACUUGUAAAGUUUGUUGAAAUGUUCUCUACUGCGUCAUUCACACAGUAAAAUGCAUGUGCAGUAGUUUUAACUUAGCUGCACUUAAUUAUAUGUAGCACACUCGCUAAACGGCAACAAAAAUAAUACUGUUUUAUGAGAUCUGAUACUUAAGAAAUGGUGCUAGGGAUUUUUCUAGACCUCGGUGAUAAAUGACCAUUUUGUGUCGGUUUGCCCUAAAACCCAACUCACUCACUCCAAAAAAGGCAGGGUGCUGCUAAAAAGGGGCAGGGUGCAUUUUGCAUGUUGCGCACCUUUAUCUACAAUAAUCAUAAGGUAGAUGUCCAUGGUUGUAAGUUAUGCAAUACAAUCUUUAUGCAGAACUUAACAGUUUAUGGUAUUUUAAAUCAAGAAGACUUGCAAAACAAAAUAAAUGCAAACAUAAAACAAACUGCAUGUAUUUAUUAAUGAUAAGCAUGUUAAAUAGACAACCAUUAUACAUUAAUUUACAACUUGCUGUAUGUUUUAAAAACUUCGAUAUUAUUAUGUAUGUUUAUAGGACUUCCCCUUUAAAGCUUACUAUGCUGAACACGUUUGGUUUUGCCUUUGCGACCAGUGUCCAUCCAUGCAGUCUGAUCAUGAUCUUCAUUGUUCGCUCUUCAGCCAGUAUCUUUUUGGUAAGCACCCCUUUUAACAGUUAAUGGUACUGUCCAAAUUGGACGAUGGACCAGUUCAUUAUAGAAAUUUAGCAGGAUAAGGGUUGAGGAAAAAGAUGAUGAUACUAGUUUAUGUCUCCCAUUGUAACUACACUGUAUAUAUAUAUAUAUACAUGUAUGUUAAAAUGAACCUGUCUCAUAGUGUUAGACAAUUACUGGAUUAUAAUUGGUAAAAGGUAUACUUUUAUAAAUCUAAUUAACUGAAGAUUAAUUAAGUGAUUUAUUUUAUGUUUUUAUUAUUUCUGAUAUGCAAUGUGUAAGAGAGAUUAAAUUGAUAUUUAUGUCUCCCACAUGUAGUGUCGUAAAUAUAUUGAUUAAGUGCUGUCUGUCAGUCUAUCCAUCUGUCAGUCGAUAGCCCUUUAUUUAUCAGAUUUUAUGAUGUUUUGGCCACUUCUCUUAUAUUAUUGAGCAUAUUUCCACCAAACCUUACACGAGUGAUUAGUGUCAAGCCUUAUUAUGCAUAUCUUCAGCAUUUUCCAGUUUGAUGAUUUUCAGCAGAGUUAUGGCCGUUUAUUAAUCAAGUUUUAUGAUGUUUUGGCCACUUCACUUACAUCAUUUUGGGGAUUUCCACCAGACAUUACAGGAGUGAUCAGUGCUAAGCCUUAGUAGAUAUUGUCAGAACACUCUGGUUCAGUGAUUUUCAGUAAAGUUAUAGCCCUUUAUUUGCCAUUGUUUACCCAAAUAUCACAAAAGUUAUCAUUGCCAAGGCUCUUUGUGCAUAUCAUCGGUAUGUGCCUGUUCACUGCUUUUUUUCGAUGUAAAUGAGAUGUAAAACUAAAAUUUGUAGUCCUGUUUGGCGUCAUAUAACCUAUACUGUGUUGGUGUGCCAUAAAACCCAAAUAAAUAGAUAAAUAAAUGUUCACUGCUUUCAGCACAGUUAUAGCUGGUUAUUGGUAGAAUUUUAUGAUGUUUUAGCCACUUUUCUUAUAUGAAAGGGCAGAUUCCCACCAAACCUUAAAGGAGUGAUCGGUGCCAAGUCUUACUAUGCAUAUUAUUGGCAUGUUCCAGUUCGAGACAUUGCCCUUAUUUGUCAAACUUUAUGAUAUUUUGGCAACUUCUCUUACACCGUUUGGCAGAUUUCCAUAAAAUCUUAGAGGGGUUAUCAGUGCCAUGCCUAUAGUUAUACAUAUCGGCAUGUUCUGGUUCAGUGAUUUUCAAGAGAGUUAUGGCCCUUGAUUUGGCAUAUUUUACAGUGUUUACAGUACUUGCUGUGUACAAUUAGGCUGAAUUUCACCAAACAUCCCCAGUGAUUAGUGUGGAGAGUAGUUGUGCAUAUUAUCAUCAUGUUCUGAUUAAAUGAUUUCCAGCAGAGACAUGAUCCUUGCUUGUCAAAUUCUUUAAUCUGUGCUACUUCUCCUAUACCACUGGUUGGAAUUCCACCAAACUUCACAGGAGUUACCACUGCUAAGCCUUGUUGAAUAUAUCAUUGGAAUGUGUUCCUGGGAGUUAUGGCCCAUAAUUUGAUGCAUUUUACAAUUUUUGCGUGGUAAGUGGUGGGAGGCAUACCAUUUUCAUGAAAGUUGUUUCAUAUUUUUGCCUUCAAAGAUUUUUUCGAAACUUUAUUAGAAAGUAGUCCCAGUAUGUGAUGCUAGUUACCUACACGGGCAUUCAGUAAUGUCUAAAUAAUGUCUUUAAAAGAUUUUAGUAUUUCUGACUGUAGAACUUCAAACACUAUGAUUGUUUUAAUAUAGAAAAGAGACAAUCCUUUCUCUAGUUUUAUUAUUUUGUAAAACUUACUUUAUACCUUUUCCGGACCAUUUGCCAGUAUCUGAAACUAAAAGAAAAUCUCCAACUAAUAUUAAUUAUACAGUAUUCAAUAUUCAGUGGUAAAAUGAACAACUUGAUUAUAAUCAAAAUAUAAUGCAAUAACAGUCAUAAAGAGUGAUACAAAAAAAGAAUUUGUUUUUUUUAAUAUCCUUAUAUAGUUUUUCUUGAUAGUCAAUAAUCGAAAUUUAUUUGUUUUACUUUCCAUGUUAAAGUUAGGUAUUGUUGAACCUUAGAAGUUAAAUUUUUAUGAUUUUGCUAUAGCUUGCUAUGUAAUCUUUAUUUUGUCUUAUGGAGUGCAGAUGCCAUUAAAUUAUGUAAAAACAGUCAUUUUAAGUUACACCAAGUUACAUGAAUUUGAAGAUCAAGUUCAAAUUCAAACCUGUAAUUCAAAUUUAAAUUCCAGUUUAUAAAUUGCAAUUAAUUUUAAACUGAAAAUGUUAAGUGUUGACUGAGCACAACAGGGUAAGUAAUUGUGUUUCUUUUACAUCAUUAAAGCGUUAUGUGAUUAUCUAAAACUAGCUUGUGAUUGUUUGCAAUAAUAUUAAAUGAGCCGCACCAUGAGAAAACCAACAUAGUGGCUUUGCGACCAGCAGGAUCCAUGCUGUUCGCUUUUAAAUCCUACUACAAUCAGAGAAACCGUUAGCGAACAGCAUGGAUCCUGACCAGACUGCGCGGAUGCGCAGGCUGGUCUGGUUCCAUGCUGGUCGCAAAGCCACUAUGUUGGUUUACUUAUGGCGCGGCUCAAAUACUGAAAUCAUGUUGAUGUUACAGUAUUGUGUACUUGAAAAUUGAUUGCAGAGAAACAAGGUAUGCUGCUCUGUUUUCUAUAUGGCGCCAAAUAGUACACCUUGAUCUGGCAUUUAGUUUUUGAAAUAUCUUAAUUCACUUACAGCUUAAUUGACUGAAGCCAGUCCUAUCUUCUUAAAUAAUACAUCAAUUUUACAUCAAUUUCUUUUUAGAAGUAGAUUUUAUUGUUGAGUGUAAUAAAAGAAGUGUUAAGAAUUUUUAUUUUCUAGAGGUACCAAUAAGUUCGAACUUUGUAUUUUCUAGAGUUAGCAGUAAAUUCAUGUCCAGUCUGCCUGGUUUACAGAAUACAUUUGAAGAAGUUUUUUUUUUUCAAAUAUCCCUAUAGUUUGUUCUUGAUAGUCUGUAGUUGAAAUUCAUUUAUUUUACUUUGCUUUGGUAAAUUUAGGUAUUGUUGAACUUUAGAAGCUGAAAUAAUUAUGAUUUUGCUUUAGCUUGCUAUUCAAUCAUUAUUGUGUAUCUUAUGGAAUACAGAUGCCAUUAAUUUAUGUAAAAACAGUCAUUUUCAGAAGUUAAACCAAGUUUACAUGAAUUUGAAGAUCAAAUUCAAACUUGUAACUCAAAUUUAAAUUCCAGUUUAUAAAUUGUCAUUAAUCUUAAACUGAAAAAUAUUAACUGUGCCAUGAGAAAACCAACAUAAUGCACUAUGUUGGUUUUCUCAUGGUGCCGCUCAAAUGUUUAGAGCUGAUUAAGCACAAUAGUGUAAGGAAUUGUGUUUCUUUUACAUCAUUAAAGCAUUAUGUGAUUAUCUUAAGCUAGCUAGCAAUAACAUUGAAUGAGCCACACCAUGAGAAAACCAACAUAGUGCAUUUGCGAUCAGCAUGGAUCAAGACCAGCCUGCGCAUCUGCACAGGCUGGUCUGGAUCCAUGCUGGUCGCAAAUGCACUAUGUUGGUUUUCUCAUGGUGCGGCUCAAAUACUGAAAUCAUUUUGAUGUUACAGUAUUCUGUAUUUGAAAAUUGAUUGCAGAGAAAUGAAGUAUGCUGCUGUUUUCUAUAUGGCGCCAAAUAGUACACCUUGAUCUGGAAUUUAGUUUUUGAAAUAUUUAAUUCACCUACAGUUAAUUGACUGAAGUCAGUCCUGUAUUCAUAAAUAAUACAUCAAUUUUACAUCAGUUUCUUUUUAGAAGUAGAUUUCAUAGUGGAAUGAAACAAAAGAAGUGUUCGAAUUUUUUUUUAUUUUCUAGAGGUACCAAUAAGUUAGAACUUUGUAUUUUCUAGAGUUAGCAGUAAAUUCAUGUCCAGUUUGCCUGGUUUGCAGAUAUAUAUCUAAUUGUGGACAUUAAAAUAGCAUUUCAAUUCAUGCCAGUUUCCAUGUCAUACAUUUUUUGCUUCAUGAUUGCAAUACAAGCGUACAAAUACCAUUGUCUAUAUGAAGCCUUGCUAUUGGUCAAUUUCAAAAUGUUGCUUAGAAUCAACCAAUUGUAUGCUAAAUUCUUAGCUCAUACUUCAAAGAAUAGUGAGAGCUUUUAGUAGCUGUCACCCUGAAAACCAUAGCCUUAGUUUUGCAUAUAAGGUCAUAUCUCAGUAACCAUGACAUGUACUGGAUUGAAACUUCGCACAAGGCUUUCCAAUAACUUUUGGUUAAAUUUAAUGUUAGUUAUGGACCUUCUUUAGCUGAGAAAAUUUGGUUAAAGUUUUGCAGGCAACUAACUGUCAAAUAGUGUCCAAGAAACAGAAUGAUAUAUAUAGUGAAAUUUCAAAAAAUGCUUUCAAGUCAUCAAAGGUACUUACAUAACCAAGGUAGGUAACUUUUGGUUAAAUAUAAUGUGAACUAUAGUGCAUUGCGAAGUUUUUGCUUACAAGGUCCUAUCUUAGCAACCUUAGCAUGUAUUGUAUUUAAGCUGACUUCCAGUCAACAGACCUACUGAAAUGGCAAAGUUAGAUUUAGUAUAAAUUUUGGCCCUUUUUUGACUAAGAAAAUUUGGUUAAAGUUUUGCCUUCAACUAACUAUUAAGCUGUAUCAACUUUUCAUACUGGACUAAAACUUCAUACAUGGCAUUCUCAUCAAUUAUACUUUGAUAAGUUUGAUAAUUCUUGGUUUAAAUCAAUUCAAAUUAAGGCCCUUGUUUGAGUUAGAAAUUUGGUCAAAGAUUUGCAUUCAUUUUAGUAUCAUUGCCAUUAUAAACAUUUAAUUUGUAACUUGGCCUCCAAACUACAUUUUUGUACCCCCCGACAACAAAGUUGUAAGGGGAGGUAUACUGGUUUCAGGUUGUCUGUCUGUCUGUCUGUCCGUCUGUCCGUCCGUCUGUCCGUAGACGCAAUCUUGUGCGCACCAUCUCUCCUUAUCCCCUUGACAGAAUUUAAUGAAACUUCACACAAGUGAUCAGUACCAACAGUAGUUGUGCAUGGGGCAUGUUAGGUUCUUUUAGAAAAAAAAUUUGCAGAGUUAUGGGACUUUGUUUUUUUGUUACUAUACUAUAUACAUAGACACAAUCUUGUGCGCACCAUCUCUCCUCAUCCCCUUGACACAAUUUAAUGAAACUUCACACAAGUGAUCAGUACCAACAGUAGUUGUGCAUGGGGCAGGUUAGGUUCUUUUAGAAAAAAAUUUGCAGAGUUAUGGGACUUUGUUUUUUGUUACUAUACUAUAUACAUAGACACAAUCUUGUGCGCACCAUCUCUCCUCAUCCCCUUGACACAAUUUAAUGAAACUUCACACAAGUGAUCAGUACCAACAGUAGUUGUGCAUGGGGCAUGUUAGGUUCUUUUAGAAAAAAAAUUUGCAGAGUUAUGGGACUUUGUUUUUUGUUACUAUACUAUAUACAUAGACACAAUCUUGUGCGCACCAUCUCUCCUCAUCCCCUUGACACAAUUUAAUGAAACUUCACACAAGUGAUCAGUAACAACAGUAGUUGUGCAUGGGGCAUGUUAGGUUCUUUCAGAAAAAAAAAAAUGCAGAGUUAUGGGACUUUGUUUUUUUGUUACUAUACUAUAUACAUAGACACAAUCUUGUGCGCACCAUCUCUCCUCAUCCCCUUGACACAAUUUAAUGAAACUUCACACAAGUGAUCAGUAACAACAGUAGUUCUGCAUGGGGCAUGUUAGGUUCUUUCAGCGACAAAAAUUGCAGAGUUAUGGGACUUUGUUUCUUGUUAACAUACUAUGUACAUACAGUCUGCAUAUGCAAUCUUGUGCGUGCCUAAUCUACCAAACCCUUACACACAAUUUAAUGAAACUUCACACAAGUGAUCAGUAUCGACCCUAGUUGUGCAUGGUGCAUGUUACAUUCUUUUAGAUAAAUAUUCUGCAUAGUUAUGGGACUUUGUUUUUUGUUACUAUACUGUAUACAUACAGUCUAUAUACAUACAGUCCACAUAAUUAUGCAAUCUUGUGUGCGUCAAAUUGCAAUGUACUGUGUCAGUGCAUGCAGGGGGUACAUUCAUCACCUUUAGUGAUAGCUCUAGUUAUGUAAGAACCCUGCUUGUGCAUUUCAUGGCAAUUCAUUAAGAGUACCAAUUCAAACAUCUAUAUUUUACUAAUGUAAGCUUACCAGGUGUUCUGAUAAAUCUCAUAUUGUACUGGUUGAUAUUUCUUCAUAAAACAAAUUUUGUUAAAUGUUUGUAAAACUUUAAACUUGUGAAUUUGAUCUCUCAUUGUUGAUAGUAUAUAAAAACUGAUUUAAAAACUG